UCACUGUGAACCAUAGCAACGUAUCAUCAUCUGAUCACAUCAUCGCCAACAUCGACCUUGUUGUUGACAAAACGGAGCAAAUAGUAAUUCUGCGCUCUGUUCCAGGAUUCCGCAAGCACAGGUACCUUCAUCCCGACACCUCGAACAAUCGGGAUUUGGCAAUAGACGUUCACGGCUCGGGAAUCGGUUCAGUACAUAAUGUCUACAUUGACGUUGCCACCUCCACAAAACGGUGUAGGAGCACAGGAAGUUUCAACGACCGCCCCCUCGUUAUCCUCUCAUAAUGGCGACGUUCCGGAGCAGCCGCGGCGGAGUGAGGAGCUCCUUAAAGGCAUCAUCUACCCGUCACGGGAGAUUCGAGGUAUCAUUGACAAGACAGCAGUCCAUAUCGCCAAGUCGCCGUCUCCACAACUCUUGGAAGACCGCAUCCGAGAGCAUCAGCGAGCGGAUCCCAAAUUCUCAUUCCUCCGAGAUUCCGAUCCCUUCAAUCGGUACUACCGGUAUAUGAUAGAGAAAGUCAAGGAGGACGGCGAGGAGGUCGCUCUGUCAGCGAGCACAGCUCCGACAGCCGCAGACUCGGCCGAGACAUCCGCGGUCAAUAGGGAGACGGAAGAUGAACGCCGGAGUAGGGAAGACGCCUUAAGGAAGGCGAGGCAAAAAGAGGUUAUCGAGGCACCGAGACCGUUCGAGUUUACGGUAGAACUCCCGAACGUCACAGCUAUCGAUCUGGAUACCCUUCGCCUUACGGCCUUGUUCACGGCCCGUCGAGGCCGCAAAUUCCUUGAAGGUCUCUCUGUCCGGGAGGGUCGCAAUUUCGAAUUCGAUUUUCUUCGUCCAUCCCACUCGCUAUACGGAUACUUCAACCGCAUGGUCGAACAAUAUUCCAAAAUACUUCAUCCAGCUGAAGAACAGCUUGCGAGACUGAAGCAAGGGGAUUCAAGCAAAUGGGAGCUGCUGGAAGAGUGCAAGAAACGUGGAGAAUGGGAAAAGGUCAGAAAAGACAAGGAACAGCAGAAAAAAGAGGAGGCGGAGAAGGAGGCUCAGGCUUUUGCGGAGAUCGACUGGCAAGAUUUCGCCGUCGUGCAGAAUAUCGAAUUCACUUCGGCCGAUCAAACAAUCGAUCUCCCCCCUCCUACGAGCAUCGAUGCGUUGAGGAUGAUGGGGCUGAACGAAAAGCGCAUGGCAGCCAUGAUCGUCGAGGAGACCGGAGCGGAACAGAUCGGUCAAUCGCAAACCGAUAAGCAGACCGCUGACUCUACUGACGCGAAUGGGGAAAUGGAUGUCGAGAUGGACGAGGAUAGCGAAGAUGACGAGGUCAAGGCUCAGAAGACCAGGGAAGCGGAAGAGCUGGCUAGAGCCCGAGAAAUUCAAGCAAAAGCUAUGGGUCAGGCGGGAAUGAAAAUCAGAAAAGACUAUCAACCCAAAGGUCUGGCUGGUCGUCAAGCUGGAAGAGCCAAAGUGGCUACAGCCAUUUGUCCUUACUGCAAACAAUCGAUACCCGAGGCUGAGAUGUCCGAGCAUAUCCGUAUUGAAUUGCUUGACCCUCGUUAUCGAGAGCAGCAGCAGCACCUCGAGCAGAGAAAGACGCAGCAAGCGCUUCUCACUGUCAACGCGGACGUUGCCGGAUCGCUCAAGCAACUUGCUAACGCACGUACCGAUCUAUUUGGUACCGCUGAAGAGGAGGAACGCAGAAAGCAGCAGGAAGAUGAGGAACGGGCGGCAAGGAGGGCUAAAGAGGCGAUCAUCUGGGACGGACACACUGCGAGUAAAGCCGCCACUCUGGAAACUUUUCAAAAGAGCUUCAACCUGGACGACCAGAUCGCUGCCAUCCAGAAAAAGCAUCAUCUACUGCCGACUGCACCGAGUACCGCGAUUGGCCCCCAGAUCGGUGUGACUGCAGCAGAAAUGCCUCCUGCUCACGCUGCUGGAGCAGGAACCCCUGGCGGCGGAACUGCAUUCACUGGCGCUGUCAUCUCGGCCGGCCCCUCGGCACCCUCUGCACCACCGAUCCCUCAGAUGAUCAACCCAUAUGGGGAAUUCCGGCCGUUCCAUGAUCAGCCUGCAUUCGACCCAUCCGUCUUCAAUGCGUCGCCGAUGCCUACGCACAUGCAAGGAUCAGGAACGCCAGGACAGAACGGCGAUUUGGGUGCUCAAUCACCUUCCGGUCCAAGUGGCCUCCCUGCACGACCAGGUGGUAUACCCAUGCAUCCAUCCCGCAUGGCUGCGCUAGGUGGUGUACCGUCUUCAGACCAGGCGGCGGUUCCAAGUCCUCCAACGACUGGCCAAGUACGACCGUUUGACGCCAUCGACUCUGCAGGCGAGGACGGUCAGGCAAAGAGACCCCGUAUCGAGAAACUGGCUGGUGGCGCCUUCUACCCAGAAACUGAAUGGAUCGCCUUGCAUCCAAACCCCAUUUCGAUCGCUGUGCAACUACCCAACAUGCCUGAAAAACCCGAGUGGAAGCUGAACGGCUCGAUCAUCACCAUUCCGGACCUGCCUCUCAACUUCCUAGUCUCCUCCUUGCGGGAUCGGAUAGCUAGCAUCGUCGAAGCACAGCUCCCGAUCUCUCGAAUGAGGUUCGACUAUGGUGUCAAGGUCCUCAGUAACGCCAGCACUUUGGCAAGUGUCAACUUGGACGAUGGCGACAUGAUUGUGCUCUCCAUCCGAAAGAAGUGAGCGUAAAGACGUCUGUCGUAUCAGUAGUAGUAGUAUAUACUUUCUGCCAUACAUUCCCCCGAUGACGCGUACCGGUCGAUCCGACUCUCGUGUCCAACAGAUCACAAAAUGUACUCUGUAGAUGCUAUGCUGUAAGAAACUCUCAAACCGGCUUCGU